UGCCAUUUGCCCUCCAAAAGGACAGACACACACACACAGACACACACAGACACACGCAGACACACACAGAAAGGGAUAACAGAGCAGUAAACAACAUCACUGUCGAAGAGAAUCUGUCUGUUUCCAGCUUCAGGAUUGAUUUUCAGGGAGUGUGUUUGUUUUGUCGUGUCACCUGGAGCGACCUCAGCCGUCAUGAAUCCUGAAUAUGAUUACUUGUUCAAACUUCUUCUGAUCGGGGACUCUGGGGUUGGAAAGUCAUGUUUGCUGCUGCGCUUUGCGGAUGACACGUACACUGAGAGCUACAUCUCCACCAUCGGAGUUGACUUCAAGAUCAGAACCAUCGACAUGGACGGGAAGACAGUGAAACUUCAGAUUUGGGACACAGCAGGUCAGGAGAGGUUUCGAACCAUCACCUCCAGCUACUACAGAGGAGCCCAUGGGAUCAUCAUCGUCUACGACGUCACCGAGCAGGAGUCCUUUAACAACGUGAAGCAGUGGCUGGACGAGAUAGAUCGUUACGCCUGUGAAAACGUCUCCCGGCUGCUGGUGGGAAACAAGUCUGACCUCGUUAGCAAGAAAGUGGUGGACGCCGCCACAGCUCAGGAGCUGGCCUUCUCUCUUAAAGUCUCCUUCCUGGAGACGAGCGCUAGGAGCUCUGACAACGUGGAGAGGGCUUUCCUCACCAUGGCCUCUGAGAUCCACAAACGGCUGGCCAGUGAGGAGGUGGGGAUGCAGGGUGAGAUGAAGGAGGCCAGUGCCCAGAGCGCCAAGAUCAGCAGCGCCCCUCUGUGGUUAGGAGGGGAAAAACAGACGCAGGAGGCCAGUAACUGCUGCUGAGCAGAGGAGCUAACACGGUGAUGACAUGACUACAGUACAGUAUGUUCACUGAGGUGUGACAUUUCAAACACACCCACCUGUCUAGUUUCAGGACGAUGUGAUUGUGUGUUUUGGAUGAACAUGUUUUGUCAGAAUUCUGACAUCUUUGCUAUUGAACUUAAAACAUAAAAUGUGACUUUUGAGGAGGAAAAAUAAUGUUUUUAGCUUGACAACAAUAUAUUUUUGAGCGUGGUAUUUUUGAAUCAAAUAUAUAAUGGCACUGAUGAUGACAGGAAUAUUUUAAACUGAGCCAAACGAACAGCUAAGACAGUGUUGCUGACAAGGUUUGGGAGAGUUUUAUAAAUAUAUAUAUAGACGACCAUUUACUGUCACUUGGUAGCGCUCUAAUUAAUUGUUAACUGGUUAUAAGGCCAUUGUAAGUCCCUGAGUCUCAUGAAAUUUGCAAACCUGUCACAUGGUAAUAAAAAUAUUUGAGCUGUAGUGAAUAUUCACACAGUUUGAGCUGCUGUAGUGAUUUAGACUCAGAUAGCAUCAGUUCCCUCAGAGGUGAUUCACUGUAUUCAUCAGUUUGUGUUGUGUUUGACAUGUUGUUUGUUUAUGUCAAUAAAGAUAUCUUAGGAGUCUCGAAGAAAAUAUCGGUAUAAAACCUCGAGGGUAAAAUAUAACAAAAGCUGCACAGAAAUGUUAAAAUGUGUAUACAUGAGCCGUCUGUCUCCUCUCUGGUUUAGUCUAAGCUACAAGUAAGAUCACCUUCAUGAAACCAACACUGACUGGAACAUGUAAAGAAAAUGUUUUCAUCGCUCAUUCUUUCACAUAUACCUCUGAGUAUUCAGGGGAAUGGCCACCAUAUUGUUAGAGGUGCACUUAAGGAGGUCAUCAGUGUUGGGAUGGCAUUGUCAUCACGAUUAUCGCUCUAACAUACAUUCUUUUUGUCGGUGUUGGUGCAAACGGUGAUACACUGUAGAAAAGAGACCCGUAAGAACCAAUCAUCUAAUGAACAGUGAAGACAGGAGCUGUAAACAUGAGAGAAGACGACAAUCCGUCAGUCCAGAGCUCUUGGCUGUUGAACAGAAAUGUAAUCAGAUGACUUGUUCACACAAGAAGAGAAAAACAUCAACUCCGUAUCUUCUUUGCACACUCAAAAAGGAGCAAGGCGGAUAAGAUUGCUGACAUUGUGGGCGGAUUUUGAAGCCUCUAAAAGUAAAAAAGAAAAGUUUGAACAAAAAUCAA